GUGACAAACAGUGUUUACAUAAAUUAUGAUUUUAUUAAAGCAAACGGUGAAAUAUUCAGGCAUAGGAAGCAAGGACUACCGGAGGGUGGGGUACAGUGAUUAAGAAUGGUGCACCUUGAGAUGACAGGUGUUCAACUUGGCUCCCAUUCCCUCACUAUUAAUGAUCUGCCAAAUGAAUUACUUAUCUACAUUUUUUCCAUGAUUGACUUUGAAUCGGUACUGGCAGUGGCGCAGGUAUGUGUGAGAUGGCAACAACUUUGCCUGACCCCUUGCAUUUGGGACAACACAAGACUCAUUGUAUGCAUGAAGAACUAUGUUAGAGUGAGUGACAGUGUUGUACCCUUUGUGGCAAAAUAUUUAAAAAAGGUAAAACUACAGUAUUUCAAGUUGUAUUCCCAAGUCAGAACUUCCCUAAUAAACUACUGUCCUAAUCUGACUCAUCUAGAAAUAAGUAUAUCGCUAGUUGAUAGUUGUAUCUUUGACGACUUGGGUCAUUGGCCUAACUUGAAACUCCUGAGUUUUCGCAACUCCUUAAUAGCCCAAACUGCUGAAAAUGCUAAUGGAAAUUUUGUGUAUCACUUACCUUUUGAAAAGUUAAAAAAACUGGAAACACUUAUUUUGUCCAACUUUGCAUUGACCCACAGCAGUUUGUAUAGCAUGUUACAGUGUGUAAAUUUAGUGAGCAUCAAUAUGGAGAAAAUGAAGAAUAUACCUGCAGACUUUCUUGAGUCCCUCCUCCGAACGAAACAGACAACAUUAAGAGCCUUGCAUAUAUACGGAGAUAUACUCAAUGAUGACAUUAUUUCUUUAAUAUCCAAAUGUAAGGCUCUGCAAGUUUUACACAUAAUGACUUGCAAAACUCUGUUUGAUUCUAGUCUGUUGCAUUUAUACAGACUAAAAAGUUUGAGAUCAUUGAAAUUACGCCAUGGUUAUUUCUCAACUAACGCUUUAUUGGCUUACUUUUCAAAGAAUUUAUUCCAACAUCUAACAUACCUCAGUCUCUCUAGAUGUCUCCAUGUCACUAUGCAAGUUGCUAAAGUGAUCAAGACAAGUGCCCCUAACCUAAAGGAGCUGUCCUUCUACUUGUGCCCUUUUAUAGUCGCUAGAGAUUUCAAAAGAGCAGAACUAGAAAGAAUGUUUAACAAAAUAGAGUUACUACUUGAUUAAGACGGUUGUCUAUUUAUACAUUAAAGCAGCUUAGGUGUCCGUCCACAUUGAAACGAUAAACAAUAAAAUUGUUACUUUUACCAAACUUUGUAAAUGUUUUAAUUUUAUAAAUUGUAGAUGCAACUUUUGAUACAUUGUUGUAAAACGAAGCAAAAGCAUGCAUAAAUGCAAGCAAUGCAUAUGUAUAAAUUUUAUAUUGAUGAAAGAAAAUGAAUGACUUUAUGAAAUUAUUUCUGCAAUGUGCAAUAUUUAUGUGUGUAUUUUAUAUGAAAGGUAAACUAAGAAAUUUGUUUAUGCUAAGUGCUUGCUUGUGGUAAAAAAAUGUAUGUUGUAGCGUAUAGAAAUGUUAAACCAUGUUCCCAUUAAAAAUUCUAGCCAUUUUCAGCCUGAAAACUGAAAUAUAAUAUUUUAUGCUUGACAUGUUAUCUUUCAGUUUUGAUUAUUUGGAAAUAAUCUAUUAAAUAUAGAUGUUUAAGAGUCGCUCCUUUUGGAAUAGCAUUUUUACAUGAAUGGUUUAACCAUUGUUUCAAAAAAAAUCAAUAGAUUUGACAGUUCAGUAUUUUAAUUAUUUUUAGUAUUCAAUUCAACUGUUACUAAAACUAUUGUAUUACCUAUUGUGAUUUUUAUUAUGUCACAGAAAUUUGUAAAAGCUAACAUGUAUACUAUAAUUCUAGUAUUAAUAUGUAAUUUUAAUUAAAUUAAUAUUUCCUGUUACAUUAUGCUUCACGAAAGUUCAAAAACUGCACAGGAUCGCCCGUACAUCUGACAAUUGCUUGUUUUAUGAAUUUUUGUGGUCAGCUAUUCUUUUAUUCAAGGCAAGGUGUACACCAUCACUUAUUAUUAAUGUGUUACUAUAUAAAACAUCACACACAGUGUAGGUUCCACCAAUCCGAUGAUGUGAGGUGACCAUCUUUCUGUAUAUGUAUAAUUUGUGAAUUUGGGUGUGUUCUGUGUGGUAACCUUUUUGUAAGCUGUAGUGUAGGCGACAGCUUUGGUUGUUUGGUUCUGAACUACAUGUGUUUUGAAUACCAUAAGUGGUAGAUGGCACAGCUGCCACUUAUAAUAUCGCUAAACAUUUAUCUUAAACUACCCGCUGCCCACUUUCUUCAUCCGAUUCUACUACGCUUUUUUACACAUUCUGUGGAAAAAGUUCGUUUAGACGAUCGAAAGACGGACGGACUCGUCUUUUUAAAUAACUCAGUGCUAAAAAUCAAGUGGAUUGAAGAACAAACUUUCACAUUUUUAAUAUUUGUUAGGAUUUUCACAGAAGUGAUGUCACCUGAGUGUCAAGUUACCUGAGUGUCCUUUAGCUAUUUGUAUAGGCCCAAGAUCGAAAGAGCGCCAUCUAGUUAAAAUACUGGGACACAGUAGACGGCGCUACACUAGAUGGCGUUUUUCGAUGCCAUAUAAAUCGUAGUUAAAUUUCACAAGAUGUAAUAAGCAAACGUAGGUAGAAUAUCUCACACUUGCAGGAUAAGACUUCACAGUGUACCAUGAAGAAAUAAAUACAGUUAAAAAAAAAGUAGCCGGACAAACUUUAGGCUUAAGUUAUUAUAGUUCACGUUCCAUACUUUAACUGUUGAACCCUAUUGCUGAAAAACCGCGUGGAUGCUUAUUUAAAUUACACAUAGUACUACUUAGGCUUUACACGAUUACAUUUAAUUAUUGUCACUAAACUAAACCAUUUAGGAAACACCUUUGUACAGUUUUUCCUAAAGGGGAUCACAGGAUAUUUGUAGUGUUCUGUCAAAAUAAGAUGUCAUUAAUUUUUUAUCCUACUAUUACCAACUGACUAGUAUAAUUAUUUAUUGUAUCUACCUACUA